AGCUGACCUGAAAAUCUAUAAAGACCACAAUGAUCUGGUCCUUUUGAUUAUGAAGUAGAAAUAAACUAUAUUGUCUAAUUAAAUGUCAUGUUACAUGCAUAUGUCUACAAUAAAGGAAGAACUAAUAUAAACUCUUUUCCAACUUUAUCCAGUUACUUUCCUGGCUGUGACAGCUUUUGAAAUGGCUUCCAAGUAUUCUUCCAGCACCGAAACAACCAAUUUUGCCAGAUUGUCCCGACUGGUUGUUGACAUCUGUAGUGAUGUUUACAGAGCUGUGCUGAAAGCUAACAUUCCACCACCAGGACUGACAGCCAUUCUACUAAGUCAGAAAGUUCACCUUUGUAAUCAUAAUCAUCUUGAAAAUCGUCAGAAACAGUUACUGUAUCCUGUCGGUGGAGUGUUUACUGGUACCCUGAAGGAUUUGGACUUCUCACUCUUAUAUAGACUGAUUCGGAACCUCCAGGGUAUCAACAUUCCACCUCAAACGAAGGGUUGGGGAAAGCCACCAAACAGCACAGAUCGGUCACUGGCUGCUAAUAUUGAUCGGUUGAGAGUCCAGCGGAAUGAGGCUUAUGGACACUUACAGACAGCAUCAUUGUCUGAUACAGAAUUUAAGGAUAGAUGGGACAUCAUUCGUCAGAGUAUUUCAGAGAUAGAACAAGACACUCUGACAGGAGACACGUAUGUGACAGCUGUGGACAAUCUGCUUACCACAAGCAUGGACCCCAAUACAGAGAAUGAGUACAUACAGGAACUGCAGAAACACUAUAAGGCAGAUUUGGAGGUCAAAACCAUUGCACUCGAGGUCAAAGAAAACAUUGGUGAUGUUACCGCCCGACAGCAGACCAUAUCAGAAAACAUUGGUGAUGUCAUUGCCCGACAGCAGACCAUGGCAGAAAACAUUGGUGAUGUCACCGCCCGACAGCAGACCAUGGCAGAAAACAUCAGUGAUGUCACCGCCCGACAGCAGACCAUGGCAGAAAACAUGGAUGACGUCAGAGUUGAACUCACUUCUGUUAGAGACACAUUGAAUACCACAUCAGCAAGCACAAGUCGGACCAAAGAAGUCCAUCCUAACUUAGUACCCCUGAUAGAUACCACCAAGGCAAUGAUCAAUGAAGAAAUAAAGAAAAGAUUCAUUGACACUCAGGCUUUCCGUGAUGGAAAAGAAAAGCUGCAAAAGAACAGGAUUGCAGUUCUCAAGGGAAACACAGGAGACGGUAAAACUUCCACCGCCAUUCGACUCCUUCACUGGCUGAGUCAGGAACAACAUAACAGACAACCAGUUCAACUUCACAACAUCAAAGACUUGGAUUUAUUAGCUCCAUCUUCGAAAACUGUUAUUUUUAUUGAUGAUAUUUUUGGGGAGAAAGAUCUGCGUGAGAAAGAGGUACAAGAGUGGAACAAAAGGGUCAACUCUGUAACUCCGAAACUUUGUGGGGAUGACCCAACUGAAGCUAAUUUUAUCCUCAUCACUGUCAGAAAUGAAAUAUUUAAUUCUUUGAAAACUCAUUCUUUGGCAGACGUUUUCACUGAUGUCAAUAUUAUUGAUCUGAGUGCUGAUACAUAUAAAGUGACAGAAGAAAAAAACAAACUUUUAGAGCUAUAUAAGCCAAGUAAGUUUUCAUGGGAAAAGGAAGAAAAGGAGGAAAUUGUUAAAUGUGCCCCUAAUAUUGGGUUCCCACAGUGUUGUCGGAUUUUUAGAGAUGUUCCUGAAGUACAGAAAGAGAGAGUCAAAUUCUUUCAAAACCCUUUUCAUUUUUUCAAAUCAGCAUUGUCAAGAUUACGGGAAUGUCCUGCCCUUUUGUUUCUGUUCCUCAAUGAUGGGAUGAUAAAGGUAAAAGAUCUAGACCCAUAUGGUGAUAAAGUAAACGAAGCUUUGUUAGAGGAAACGUUUGCAACUGAUCUUAUUGAUGGUGAAGAUAACAGAACUAUGUUGGAAUAUAAGAAAAAAGUCAGAUUUGUAAAAGACAGUUUAGACAGAUUAUCAGGAUUUUUGGUAGUAAAGGAGAAACAUCGGUCUUUUGAUUAUGAAGUGUACAGAUUUUAUCAUGAUUCUAUAUAUGUCACAGUAGCUCUCCUGUAUGGAGACACAACACCAGUUGGCUACAUACAGAAUUGUCCCACGACGUCCCUCAGUUAUCUUACAACCUCAAAAACAUCGGCAAACAUGAUUGUCAUAUCAUCUGAUCAUUACACAUGUAUGUGUGAUCGUCUACUCCGAGAGUUUGAGUGUAAAGAGAAGUAUUAUGAUACUAGUAUUGGCUCUCUAGAUGUAUGGAAGGAUCCUGUAUUUGUUGAAGGAUUUGUGAGAUUGUUGAAUGAGAGAAACGCUGAUAAACUUGGUAUGUUAAAUAAAGCAUGUUCUUUGGGUGCUGAAGAAUGUGCUUUAUAUCUUCUGUGUGAGGGAGUCAAACCUGACAAUAACACACCAUUCUGUGUGGUGGAGGGAGGGGGUGUGAGUGUGUUACCUAAACUACUACAGUAUGACAUCAUUCCUACAUGGAGAGGUGAGAACAAUUACAAUGUCCUACAUGAGGCGUGUUGGUAUCGGAGAGAAGAGAUGGUGAGUGUGUUGUGUGACACCUAUCCACACUUGGUACAUGACACUGAUAAGGAGGGACAAACCCCGCUCUAUGUUGUAGCCAAGACAGGAAGCUGUUCUAUGUUCCAGACAGUGGAGAGAACUGUGCUUAAAUCUUUGUGUAGAUUUGAGGACAAACAACACAAGUGUGAGAUAUUAGAUGGUCGUGUAAUACAUAGGAGUUGUGUGUGUAGUCAGUAUAUGUCUCAGUUAGUGGAUAAUGACGGACACACAGUGUUACAUGAGAGUUGUAUGUUUGGAAACAGGGAGGUUUGUGUUUAUUUAUGUGAGACGUUUCCAGCACUAACUACAGCUGUAGACAAUAGAGGACAGACAGUGUUACAUGAGAGUUGUGAAUCAGGACACAGGGAGGUAUGUGUUUAUUUAUGUGAGACAUUUCCAGCACUAACCAAAGCUGUAGAUAAGUACGGACAGACAGUGUUACAUAUGAGUUGUAUGUCAGGACACAGGGAGGUUUGUGUUUAUUUAUGCGAGACAUUUCCAGCACUAACCACAGCUGUAAAUAAUGACGGACAGACAGUGUUACAUGUGAGUUGUAUGUUAGGACACAGGGAGGUUUGUGUUUAUUUAUGCGAGACAUUUCCAGCACUAACCAAAGCUGUAGAUAAGGACGGACUGACAGUGUUACAUGUGAGUUGUAUGUCAGGACACAGGGAGGUUUGUGUUUAUUUAUGCGAGACAUUUCCAGCACUAACCACAGCUGUAGAUAAUGACGGACUGACAGUGUUACAUGUGAGUUGUCUAUAUGGACACAGGGAGGUUUGUGUUUAUUUAUGCGAGACAUUUCCAGCACUAACCACAGCUGUAGAUAAUGAUGGACAGACAGUGUUACAUGUGAGUUGUCUAUAUGGACACAGGGAGGUUUGUGUUUAUUUAUGCGAGACAUUUCCAGCACUAACCACAGCUGUAGAUAAUGAUGGACAGACAGUGUUACAUGCGAGUUGUCUACAUGGAUACAGGGAGGUUUGUGUUUAUUUAUGUGAGACAUUUCCAGCACUAACCACAGCUGUAGAUUAUAGAGGACAGACAGUGUUACAUGUGAGUUGUCUACAUGGACAUAGGGAGGUUUGUGUUUAUUUAUGCGAGACAUUUCCAACACUAACCACAGCUGUAGAUAUUGAAGGACUGACAGUGUUACAUGUGAGUUGUCUACAUGGACACAGGGAGGUUUGUGUUUAUUUAUGCGAGACAUUUCCAGCACUAACUACAGCUGUAGACAAUAGAGGACAGACAGUGUUACAUGUGAGUUGUGAAUCAGGACACAGGGAGGUGUGUGUUUAUUUAUGUGAGACAUUUCUAACACUAACCACAGCUGUAGAUAAUAGAGGACAGACAGUGUUACAUGUGAGUUGUCUACAUGGACACAGGGAGGUUUGUGUUUAUUUAUGUGAGACAUUUCCAACACUAACCACAGCUGUAGAUAAUGACGGACAGACAGUGUUACAUGUGAGUUGUGAAUCAGGACACAGGGAGGUUUGUGUUUAUUUAUGUGAGACAUUUCCAGCACUAACCACAGCUGUAGACAAUAGAGGACGGACAGUGUUACAUGUGAGUUGUAUGUCAGGACACAGGGAGGUUUGUGUUUAUUUAUGCGAGACAUUUCCAGCACUAACCAAAGCUGUAGAUAAGGACGGACUGACAGUGUUACAUGUGAGUUGUGAAUCAAGACACAGGGAGGUUGUGUUUAUUUAUGCGAGACAUUUCCAGCACUAACUACAGCUGUAGACAAUAGAGGACAGACAGUGUUACAUGUGAGUUGUGAAUCAGGACACAGGGAGGUUUGUGUUUAUUUAUGCGAGACAUUUCCAGCACUAACCACAGCUGUAAAUAAUGACGGACAGACAGUGUUACAUGUGAGUUGUGAAUCAGGACACAGGGAGGUUUGUGUUUAUUAUAUGUGAGACAUUUCCAACACUAACCACAGCUGUAGAUAAGUACGGACACACAGUGUUACAUGUGAGUUG